GGGGCUGGGUCUGUUCUGCCAGACGUAGUCAGUUAAGAGAAGUUGGAGGCCUGUUUGGCAAUUCGCUGUACGGGUUAGUAUCACAAAGGCCAAACUUUUGAGGAUAAAAAUUCAUGUUUUUCUUUUUUUUUUUUCGUUCCAAGGCUUCAAGGUGUGUUUUACUUGCUUGUAUUACAAGAUGACGGGCUGUACCUGAUGACCAAAUAUACCACAUCGCAUUCCCCACCUGCAUGGAAGACUCGCCAGCAUUCAUCAUGAUUUUCGAAGCCAAGUGCAAGGUUGUAAACCAAAUUGCGAAUCGACAGCGAGAAACAGCAAGUAUGCAAGAAAUGGAAUCGAUCUUGGAAAAGACUUUCUUUAGCCGCGAUCUUCCAACAACUGGCGCGCCACCGCUUACUUGUGAACUGCGAUCCCUGAUUUUGAUUGCACCACCUCUAGACAACCGUCUUUUCAUCACGCUUUUGUUGUUGCGAUGUUCGACCUCGGUUCUUGUCUUUUUCUCGCACACCUCCCGGCCUUGCUUGACAUCACGGCAAUGGAACCUAUUUUUAUCACUCGAUUUAUCUUUUUCAUAUGAUUCGCAACCAUUUGUACCGCAUUUUUGUAUUGCAAGUCUUCCUGUCGUACUAUUUCAGCAGAACACUGUUCUACAUCGUCGUUACCAUAAAUCAUGUCUGGCGCUCUUUGUCGUGCGGAACCUGAAUUUGCCGUGGCCCGUGUGGUUGUCAGUCUGGUCUAAUCCACCGAAAAUUGAUAAUCGCCGUCUCCCAUCUCUCCUUCCCGAUAUGUUCUUAUCCAUUGCCUUUCUUCGUAAUUGUUGCUGGUAUUCUGCAUGGCAUAUGGACAUAACAAAGGCAGUUUUAUUUAUGAUGUAGUUUCACUUCACUCAUGAAAACCAAAUGUAGUUCUACUCACCACUGAAUUGCCCUUAAAGCAGCUCUGUUUUUCUGGCACUUUUUUGUUUUAUUUCACGAAGUAGAUUCAAACCCUGUUUUUUCGAUCGGAUGGGUCGAGCCGGUCUCCAAGACGCUCAUCCAAAUAAAAAUGUAAUGCAUGUGGUCAUUUAAGCCCAAAGCGGGAACCGACCCGAACAAAAUGAACGAACACCAAAUUUUUCCAGGGUCGUCUUUC